CUGUCCGUUGAUUUCAGCGCCGCGCACGUUCUUGAGCUCCCGGCUCACGUUGCCUCGCCUCGCGGCCUCGAGAUGCCGGACGUACACCCACGUCCCAAUCCGCCUGACACGUCUUCUAUUAAAAUGCCAGGACUUCUCACUCCUCCAUACCCGCCACUUUUAAUGGCCACCGCCGGUUGAGGGGGAGAGCACAGCAAACUCACUGACGAGGCAGGCGGCAGGCGGCAGGUGGGAUUCUUGCUUUCUUGUUUUUGAGACAAAAUGCGCGGCGCCGGUGAUUGCGAGCUGGAGUUCCGGGGCGUAAUGGGGGAGGAGGAGGAGGGGGCUGCCUCGGCGUCGGCGUCGGCAUCGGAGAGGGCAAUGCGGCGGCGUCGGGGGCGGCGUCGGUGGGGAAGAGCCGAGGCGGGCGACGGCUACUCGACGAGCAGCGGCAGCGGCUCCUUCGGCUGCGACUCGCCUUUGGCCGGAUUCGUGCGCGCGGAUGGCGACAUGGACACAGAUCUGGAGACAGACGGGCUGGCCGCCACUUCAUCCUCCAGUGCCUCUGCAGCGUUCACGGAGCCGCACGACGACGACGAAGCGCAGUGUGGGCUGAAGGGAGAGUGGCAAGAACCGGCCAAGAGUCCGGCGGGCGGCGCCACUGCCAUCCGAGAAUGCCAGAGCCAGCGACGGUGCCGGACAGAGGCUGUUUACCUGCACGGUAGGAAGGGGCUGAAGCAGCGGCCGGCCUCGCUCGACUUCGGCAGCGCCGGGUUCAACAACGGGACUCCGUUUUCUCCGGGCUUCGUGGUUGGAGGUGCCGGGUUUGUAAGCAAGGGACUUGUGUCAUCACAGAUCAGCUCCGGCGUGUUCCCUAGUCCCGGCACGCCGAGCUAUCCGCGGCGGCACCGGCCAUCGGCCUUGGGGUACCAAAAGGGGUGGAGCUCCGAGAGAGUGCCUCUCCCUUCCAAAGGUAAUAAUACUAGGAGGUACCCAGGCAGCAGCAUGGCAUUUCCUCUCAACAAUAGGAGGACAUUGCCCUCAAAAUGGGAGGAUGCGGAGAGGUGGAUCUUCAGUCCCAAGUCAAACUCCGGCGAUGCGCGUGAGAAGACCGCGGCAUUGCCCCAUGCUCGACGGCCCAAGGCCAAAAGUGGUCCUCUUGGGCCUCCUGGAAGACUUGGUGGACAGUACUCAUCUGUAUCUUCAUCCGUGUCUUUGUUUGACAGUGGGAGAGUUGGGCAUUUAGCAGCAAACUCACCUUUCUUGGCGGGAGUACUGAUACCUGAACAUUAUGGUGGGGCGAAAAGUAAUGUUGGGAGGUAUACGAGUGGAACAGCUGGUGCCGAAUUCGGUAUUGGCAUAGUUGGCAGGUCUUCUCUAGCAGAUAUCGGGUCUCCUGCUACCCAAUCUACCACGGUGCGCCGACGGCUAGAUACUGCAGUUGAAUCAUCUGCGUCAUUGCCUAGCACCCAAGAAUCUGUACAAGACGAAGAGGCUGAGUUCGUAGAAGAUUCAGCCCCCACUGUCACCCCUAUAACUUCAAGGAAGGAUACUGCGACUCAAACUAGUCCAGAUCUAAGUAGGUCUUCUUCGCCCAGCGCCAGGCCUUCAUUUGUUCGCUCAUUCUCAAUGCAACAAGCCAAAGAGAGGGAGAGCUGUUUCUCUGAUCUCGAGAUCAGGGAUGUGCAGAUGGAUGAGCGAGUGAGUCUUACCAGAUGGUCCAAGAAACAUGUAACACAAGGCUCUAACAAGAAUUCUACAAAUAUGUUAGAGUGGAACAAAAGGACGGUGGACUCUAAAUCUUCUUCCUGGGAAUCAUCUGAAACGAAAUGCACAAUAAAGGUUGAGAGAGAAGAAGCAAAACUUACUGCUUGGGAGAAUCUUCAAAAAGCGAAAGCUGAGGCUGCAAUUCAGAAGCUAGUGAUGAAACUCGAGAAGAAACGAUCAUUUUCUCUGGACAGAAUUUUGAACACCCUCAGGUCUGCCCAAAGAAAAGCACAAGGGAUGCGUGAUGCAGCAACAGCAAGCCAAGAUGAGCAUCUUUGCAGGAAGGCCAAAAAGACAUCACAUGUUACAAAGAAUGGCCAGAUCAGAUCUCUGAGUGGCUGUUUCACCUGCCAUGCUUUCUAGUACCAUGAUAUCCCACUACUGAGUAUCUGGAGCCUCAGGCCCUUCAGCAGGGAGGCCCGAGUGAAGUUCAGACAGAGACUCGUGAGUGCAGAAAAUUCAGACAAUCCUCAAUUUCUUUUACCCCCGUCGCAUUUUCAGAAGAAUAUGCUGCCGCUGCUGCUGCGGCUUGAGCAGGGACCAUGCGUGCGCUGGCUGUCACCAUAUGGAUCUGCUCAUCUGCACAAUCUGGCAAGGGGACAAGAGAAAAUGGAGCCACCGAGGAAAGGAGCGAUGGUGCCUCCGCGUCAUCACAUGUGCCUGCCUGCUUCUCAUGCUUGACACCACACCACACCACACCCAGCAGGCCAGCAGCUAGCACAAUGGUAAAGGCCUCCUUUAUCGUUGGCCAUUUCUGGCCCUGUAGUUGUAGGCCAUUGCUACCCACGAGCAAUUCGGCCUUUGAUACUUGCUAGGCUGCUAGCCACGGCGUGCCUGUGCUUCAGGCCGGCCUUGUACGAGUAGGAGGUUGCUUCAGGUGUAGCCCAGCUGGGUGUGAUUGGAUGUGCUAUUUCUUUUCUUCUUUAUUUGCUGCAAUCGUUGCCGCCGGCUCUCGUGUCUUGCUUUCA